CCCACCUCCUCCCGCUGCUCCCCUCUGCCUCCUGCUUCUCGGGGACCGCCGCCACCUCGCUAGACCAUGGUUUACCGUGCUAACUCCGCCACCCACCUGCGCGUGUGGCAUCACAUCGAUGCGACCGGCCAGAGGAUGGGUCGCGUGGCCACGCAGGUCGCCAAGGUUCUCAUGGGCAAGGGCAAGCCCACCUACCACCCGGCCGCUGACUCCGGCGACUACGUCGUUAUCACCAAUGCCGCGCGCUUCGAGCUGACCGGCAAGAAGCUCCAGCAGCGCGUGCACCGCUACCACACCGGCUACCCCGGCGGCCUGAAGGAGGUCCCCAUCAAGAAGACCAUGGAAACCCAGCCGGAUGUGGUCUUCCGCCGGGCGGUGUCCGGCAUGCUGCCGAAGAACAACCUGCGGCCGCGCAUGCUGCGCCGCCUGCGCAUCGAGAAUGGCGCGAGCUCCCCCUUCGUGGCGAAUGCCCUGCGCUCGGGCCCGGGUGCGGACAUCGUCCUCGAGACGCCGACUCUGCCGGCCGGCGCGGCCCCGCGCACCGUCCUCCAGGCCGUCCGCGAGUCGGAGCGCCCGCUGAGCCAGCUGCGGCGCGUGGUCGCCGCCACCAGCACCGGCAAGGCCGCCCCCACCGAGGCCGAGCUUCUGACGGCCCAGGUCCGCGACCGUAUGGCCCAGCUGCAGCUGGCUCUGCACAAGUCCGGUCCGAACAAGAGCAACUACAAGACCAAGACCUACCAGAAGACCGGCAAGCACUAAAUGCGCGACAUAUGUGUGCUCCCGGGUCUCCCCUUCUUCCUCGAGCGCAUGCGACCGAGCCGCCGUUCCUUUCGCCCCUGCCCCCCUCCCUCCCCCUCCCCCCUCCCCCUCAC